AUGUGUGCACCCCAUGGCGCGGCAAGAACAUGUUUUCAAGCCGAGUCCGGAUGCAUGAUCAGUCGUCGUCGUCUGUCGUUCUUCGUCUUAAAUUCCCAGAUCGCUCAACCAAUGCCAUGCAAGGCGGGCCACUCUGCAAACUUGUGCUCCCAGUGCUUCUUGCUAGUGAUCGGCGUGAUCAUGAACACGUCAUCAUCGUCUCAUAUCCCAGAUUGUGCCCCCGUGACUGAUGCCUGUGCUUCUGACGAUGAUGAUGCUGCUCCUCUGACCUGUGGCCUGCGGCCUGCAGCAGAGCUAGAUGAGGCUUGCUCGCCGGAUGCGGCGGAUCGUUGCUGCAUGAAUAUCCAUGAUGCACAGGGAAUGGCGAAGAAGACGAGGUUGCUGCCAUCUGUUCCGACUGGCAUCCUCGCAGCGUGGCUGUGA